GCGCGUCCUGUGGUAGGCAGUCGACUGGGAGCGUUGCGCUGCACAAACACUACGCCGCCGCCUGCUUUCCGAAUGCAGCUUAGAAUUGCGGGAGCAGUCAAAGCUCGCCGUCCGUCCACGUAAAGGUUAGCUGGAGGCGUGUUCCUUGGAGGCGGCCAUCAUGAGCGUGGUACUGCAGUCGUGGCUGGGGGACUUGGCGGCCGUCGCACUGGUGGUGUUGGCAGCGGCGUACGUGUGGUUCUCGCACAGCUUCACCUACUGGACCAGGAGGGGCGUGCCCCAGAGACAGCCGCAGUUCCCCUUCGGCAACGUCAGGCAGAGCGUCCUGGGGCAGACACGCUUCGAGUUUGUGGUGCAGGACAUUUACAACGAACUCAAAGGUGAAAAAUAUUUUGGAAUGUACGGAUUCAGCAGACCACUACUUGUCUUGAGGGAUCCAGACCUCAUUCGACUAGUGCUGGUCAAGGACUUCGAUUCUUUCAACAACCGAGGCGUUCCUUUCAAUGAUCGGGAGCCACUGAACCAUAAUCUGUUCUUUUUAACUGGUGUCAAAUGGAGGAGGCUGCGAAACAAGUUGACGCCGACAUUUACGACGGGGAAGCUGAAGAUGAUGUGUCAGACGAUGCAGGACUGUGGCCGGGAGAUGUUGGAGGUGCUGGAGGAGUCGGCAUGCCGAGGCGAGGUGUUGGAAAUGAGGGAGGUGUCCGCCAGGUACGCCACGGACGUCAUUGCGUCCGUCGCCUUCGGUGUGGAGUGCAACUGCCAGAGGAACCCGGAGGCCGAGUUCCGACAGUGGGGGCGCAAGGUGUUCCAGCCCAGCCUCAAGAACAGAUUUUCUAUGUUCAUGCACGAUUUCCUUCCUACUCUGGCCAAGCUGUUUGGGAUUGGUGGUGGAACGGAGGAAGUGUCGCAGUACUUCCGAAGCAUGGUGAGAGAGACGGUGGAGCACCGCGAGAAGAACAGCGUGACACGCAACGACUUCAUGCACCUGCUGAUACAGCUCAAGAACAGGGGCUUCGUUGACGAGGAGAAGACGCAUGCUGCCACGGAUCAAAACAAGGAGGUCGACAACUGGAAACUGUCACUGGAUGAUGUAGCAGCACAGGCGUUUCUUUUCUUCCUCGCUGGCUUCGAAACGUCGUCGACGACAAUGAGCUUUGCGCUGUACGAGCUGGCCCUCAACCCGGACGUACAGAAGAGACUACAGGAGGAGGUGGACGCCACGAUGAAGAAGAACAACGGACAGCUGACGUAUGAGGCCAUCUCGGAGAUGUCGUACCUCGACAAGGUCGUCGCAGAGACACUGAGGAAGUAUCCUCCGGGUGCAAUACUUGUUCGCAAAUGCAAUCGCCAAUACCAGUUUCCGAAUGGCGGCCUUGAACUCGACGAAGGGAUCCCCGUUAUCAUACCGACCUACGCAAUGCACCAUGACCCCGAGUACUUCCCAGAACCUGACCGUUUCGAUCCGGAGAGGUUCUCGGAUGAGCAAAAGGCUAAGAGACACCUCUACGUCUACUUGCCGUUCGGGGAAGGUCCCCGCAACUGCAUUGGUAUGCGACUGGGCCUUCUGCAGGCCAAGAUAGGACUAGCAUAUCUUACAUCCAAGUAUGAGGUGCAGUGCUGUGAACACACCACAGUGCCUAUUGAGUUCAAUAAGGUAUCCUUCAUCCCUAUGCCUGCUGGCGGAGUACAGCUGCGCUUAGCCAAAAGGGCUUAGGCACAACAAAAUUCAUGUACCAUAAUUUUUUAAUUUAGUGGUUGUAAGAGGUGAAGACUGCUUGUUUGGCUUUAAUUUCCCACCUUAUAUACAUAUUCUACCUAAUAAAAAAUUGCAUGUCCAUUGCUUUUAUUCCAAUUAGUAUAUAUAACAACAUGCAAUAAAUAAUUACUGUUUCUUUUUA